AUGGUAGAAAGAUUUAAUCAGACAUUGGAGAACCUAGCAAAAGUUGUGGAAAAACGGCAACGAGACUGGGACAGGCACAUACAGCCGUUUUUGUUGUCAUAUCGAAGCGCUGUUCACGAAAGUACAUCAGUGACACCAGCUUUCGCAAACUUUGGGAGAGAAUUGCGGCUGCCUGCAGACCUGAUCACCGGAAUACCACCUGAUGCCCCACGCAGUAUAACCGAUUAUGCUAAUGACUUGCGGAACAAAAUGAAUGACAUUUAUGAGCACGUCAGACAGACGGGCCAGCAAACGUCUGAGAAGAUGAAAACACGGUAUGACCGCAAAAUGAACAACAAGGGGUUUGAUGAAGGUUCACUAGUGUGGUUACACAAUCCAGUUCGCAAGAAGGGAAAUCUCCUAAGCUUCAAGCUAAAUGGGACGGACCGUACCGUAUUGUGA